GAUUGACACGGAGUCAGACAGAAAGAUAGAGGUGGGAGGACAGAAGACCUGGAAAAACAGGCUCAUCACAUUUCAGAGGAUACAGUGCUCAGGAGGUAAACGGCAGAAGUGCAACAGAAAACAGUUGUUUGGAGAAAUCUGACUCUACAGACAAUGUGAUGGCUAUGUAUACAUCAUACGUGAAUAUAUAAAGAAAACAAGAAAGAGAGACUCUGAUCCAUGACGAGGGACUUGUCUGAAAAGAAAUAUCUCACCCAUCUCAUCUGCCACUACUCUGGGCUUCCUGCUCAACACCCUGGAGAGGCCAUGAGGAGUCUACUCGUACUGUCUGGACUAGCUUUUUUGGUUUUGUCUGAAGGGAAAGGACAUAGACCACACUACAAACAAAGGAGGCAUAAGAGAGAGUGGGUCAUCGCACCUAAGACUCUGACUGAGAAUGAGGAUCACAGAGACUUGCCAUUUGUGGCCAAAAUCCGAUCAGACCGAGACGACGGCCUCCCUGUAUACUACUACCUGAAAGGGCCUGGCGCUGAUCAGAACCCAAUAAACCUAUUUAUGGUCACCAAUGAUGGCCUGGUCAAGAUCACGGGGAUUCUGGACCGCGAAGUGCAGGCGGAAUACAACAUGACUGGUUAUGCAGCCUUCAAAAAGAAUGAUUCUCUGGCUGAGGCCCCCAUUGCCGUAACAGUAAAGGUGCUGGACAAGAAUGACAACGCUCCAGUAUUUGAACCACUGCAACCUGUCAACAUCUAUGAGGAUAGCCCAGUAGGAUCAUUUGUGACACAAAUGCACGCAACAGAUGGGGAUGAGCCAGGAACACCCCACACCUCUAUUGCCUACAGUGUGGUGAAGCAGGAACCAGACGAUGGCGGAAUCCAUUUCCAUGCAGACAAAACCAGUGGCAAGAUUUACGUCAAAUCUGAACUUGACAGAGAGACAGUCAGUUCCUACGUCCUCACUGUGCAGGCUACAGACAUGGGAGGUGAGCCAGGCGGUCUGUCAGGAACAGCCACCAUAAGGGUCCACAUUCUGGAUGUCAAUGACAACGUCCCCACACUAGAAAAGGAUGAGUUUUCAGUAAGUAUUGAUGAAAAUGUGGACGGCGUUGAGGUAAUGCUCAUUAAAUCCUUUGACGAUGACCUGGUAGCCUCAGAUAAUUGGAAUGCUGAGUUUUACAUUGUGUCUGGAAAUGAGGACGAUUACUUCAGCAUUCACACCAAUCCCAGGACCAACGAGGGUGUGCUGAUGCUCAACAAGCCUGUUGACUUUGAGGAAGUACCAAACAUGAACCUGGGGCUUGUGGUGGUGAAUAAAGCACGCGAAGGAGCCAGGAUACCAAUUAAUGCUCAAGGAGGAGGUGGUGGAGGAGGAGGUGGUGGUGGAGGAGGAGGAGGUGGAGGAGGAGGUGGUGGUGGAGCAGGAGGUGGAGGAGGUGGUGGUGCAGGAGGAGGGCCUUGGGGCACAGGUGGAGGUGGAGGGCCUGGUGGCACAGGUGGAGGAGGGGGGCCUGGUGGCACAGGUGGAGCAGGGGGGCCUGGUGGCACAGGUGGAGGUGGAGGGCCUGGUGGCACAGGUGGAGGAGGGGGGCCUGGUGGCACAGGUGGAGGUGGAGGGCCUGGUGGCACAGGUGGAGGUGGAGGGCCUGGUGGCACAGGUGGAGGAGGGGGGCCUGGUGGCACAGGUGGAGGAGGAAGUCCAGGAGGGCCUGGUGGUGUACCUGGAGGGCCUGGUGGUGGUGGCGGAGGAGGAGGAAGACCUGGAGGGGUUCCAGGGGCCCCUGGAAAGCCUGGAAGACAAUUGCCGUCUUGGAUCAAUAUUUCAAAGUAUAAACAAUACCCAGUGAAGAUCAAUGUGAAAAACAAACCCGAUGGGCCAGUCUACCGACCAAGCACCAAGCCCAUUUCCUUACCAGAGGGCAACAAAAAGCUCCCCAGCCCCAAGAUCGUUGCCACUUUUCCUGCCUCGGAUGGAGAUACAGGAGAGCAUGCCACGAAUGUCAGAUAUGCAAAAGGUUACGACCCGGGAAACUGGUUCUCCAUUGAUGAGGAGACAGCUGAGGUCACCCUCAUUAAGACUCCAGACCGGGAGUCUCCACAUGUGGUGAAUGGGGUCUACAUAGCCAAGAUUCUUUGCUUGACAAAUGAAAUGCCAACCCAGACAGCCACUGGUACCAUUGAAGUGCAUGUGGAGGACGUAAAUGACAACUGCCCCAGACUCAAGAGCAACGUGCAGUUCCUGUGCAGUGACACCAAGGUGGUGAACGUGACAGCAGAGGAUCUGGAUGGACACCCUUACGGCCCUCCGUUGACGUUCACGUUGCUGGAUAAGGGCGUGGGGGUGCAAUGGAGGCUUGAGAGGACUGGAAAUGAUUCAAUAUCUCUCUGGGGUGAAGAUGGCAUUUGGCCUGGGUACUAUGACGUCAAAUUCGAGAUACGAGACCAACAGGGAUUGGCCUGUCCUAAAACACAAGUCCUCCACUUGGAGGUGUGCACCUGCGAAGGAGGUGUGACUUCCUGUAAUCCAAGAAUUAAGCAGGAGCAGUUAGGAGGGGCGUCCAUCAGAAAGUCAUCCCAACUGGGGGGAGCUGCAAUGGGAGCACUACUCUUUGGCGUCCUUACACUACUGUUGAUCCCACUAUUGGCUCUGUACUGUACCUGCGCUGGAGCCACAGGCUUCACUGAGCUGCCCUUCGAUGCCAAGACUCAUCUCAUAUCGUACCACACGGAGGGAAAGGGAGAGGACAGGGAGGUUCCUCUGGCGAGUAUUCCGGUACAGAUCUCCAAAGAUGUUUCAGUCUUCAGAAACAUGCCAACUGUGACGAGCAGCCCGGUGCAGAUGCAGGAGAGCGUCUACAAUCACUAUGAUCAGCAAGACAUGGUGGACAUGGACUACAGUGCCCAUGGGGAGGUGCUGUCAUAUUUGCAGGAGAUGAGGGAGAUGAGAGAGGAGGACCAGCUCACAUUCACAGCACUACCAGACUCACUUCUGGACAACUACUUCUCACAGAAAGCCGAGUUUACAGCGGUGGGUUCUUAUCAGAAGGACACUUUGCUGGAGUACUGCUAUGAGGGACAUGGAUCUCCCACUGGCUCUGUGGGUAGCUGCAGCCUCCUCGGGGCUGACGACGACCUCCAGUUCCUCGACGACCUGGGUUCAAAGUUCACCUACCUCGCCGAGAUCUGUGGAUACUCCAGAGAAACAAGCCCAAAAGUGACCCAAGAGAUCACACCUCCCACGACAGAGGUGGACAACAGUGUCACCAUGGCAACCAACGUUAAACAACAGAGGAGCAUCAGCUUCGUGGAGAAACACAUUCCACCCCCACUUCCCAGCAUGCACCUACGCGAGACCGUUGCCGUGCCGACCCAGACUGUGCUGGUGCAGCAGCAGCAGCCCCUGUACUACAUGGUGGAGCCGCAGCAGGUCCAGAGCACAGUGCUGCUGACUGAGAGGCCCCAAGUGGGUCUGGGUCGGGGAAUGAUCCUGGUCAACGGGAGUCAGACAGUCACAGAGGGGACGCUGCUGCAGGGGGGAGGCCUGGUGCAGGGAGCCCAGGGGCUGGUGAUGGCCCAGGGGGGUCAGGGAUUGGUGUUACAGCAGGGUGGGCACGUUCAGGGUGGUCAGGGUUUGGUGUUGCAGGAGGGUGGCCAUAUUCAGGGUGGUCAAGGUUUGGUGUUACAGCAGGGUGGGCACGUUCAGGGUGGUCAGGGUUUGGUGUUGCAGGAGGGUGGCCAUAUUCAGGGUGGUCAAGGUUUGGUGUUACAGCAGGGUGGUCAGGGUUUGGUGUUGCAGGAGGGUGGCCAUAUUCAGGGUGGUCAAGGUUUGGUGUUACAGCAGGGUGGUCAGGGUUUGGUGUUACAGCAGGGUGGUCAGGGUUUGGUGUUGCAGGAGGGUGGCCAUAUUCAGGGUGGUCAAGGUUUGGUGUUACAGCAGGGUGGGCACGGUUUGGUGUUACAGCAGGGUGGUCAGGGUUUGGUGUUACAGCAGGGUGGUCAGGGUUUGGUGUUGCAGGAGGGUGGCCAUAUUCAGGGGGGUCAGGGUUUGGUGUUACAGCAGGGUGGUCAGGGUUUGGUGUUACAGCAGGGUGGUCAGGGUUUGGUGUUGCAGGAGGGUGGCCAUAUUCAGGGUGGUCAAGGUUUGGUGUUACAGCAGGGUGGGCAGGGUUUGGUGUUACAGCAGGGUGGCCAUAUUCAGGGAGUACAGGGGGUGAUCGUCCAGGGCUCGGGUGCUGCGCAGACUAAACGAAAAGGGAGUCUGCUUAUACCCCAGGGUGGUCAGGGUUUGGUGUUACAGCAGGGUGGGCAUGUUCAGGUUAGUCAGGGUUUGGUGUUACAGCAGGGUGGGCACGUUCAGGGUGGUCAGGGUUUGGUGUUGCAACAGGGUGGGCACGUUCAGGGUGGUCAGGCAUUCUCACCAGCAAAGAUCUGUCACUCAUCUUCAUAUGGGAGGGUUUUGGCAUCAUUCUCACGUUAUAAUCAUCAGCCAAUUAUGAUGGUCACUCCAAUCAAGCUUCUGCAUGAGUAAUGGUGUCAACCAUGGCAACCAAGUUUUCAUUUUUCCUUACUAAAAAUUGGUUUCAGCAGCUUUGUGAAUAGGUUUUAAGAGAAACUCUUAGUGGCAGGAUAAAAUGCUCACACAAUCACUUUGGCCUAUAGCCAAGGACACUUACUGGAUCUGCUCCCUGCUAUUUCAAUUCUAUGAUCCAGCUUUACAUCCCCAAUUGCCCACUGUGAUUUUCUGGUGAGCGUCUGUUGUGUCGACCUGCCAUAAACACUUCAAAUUCAAGACACUCUUCCCCUCAGUGGUACUCUCUCCCUUCAUUGGUGGAAAGAGUUGCUCAGUGCUCUGCAUUCCUGUGGUAGUUUUGGGUCUUUCAAGAGGGGUCUAAAGACAUUAUUUGUUCAGCUUGCACUUAAUUAAGUGGUUCUUAUGAGUAAUGGUAUAUGGUAUCUGUUUAUUUUCAUUAUUGAUCGUUGAUAUUGUAUUGGCAUUAUUGUUAGUAUUACUAUCCUUAAUGUAGCCUCACCAACUUUCUAUAACUGUUUACUGUUAAUUAUAACUAUUGUAUUGUUAUAUUUGUGAUAAACCUGGAUUGUGGUGAUAAACCUUAAUCAUCCUUAAUAAACCUUAUUCU